AUGGCUGAUAACGAAGAUACAACAACAAAGCCUCCAUCAACAACACUUGGAACAAUAGGUCUCCUUGCAAAUAAUCCAUUAUAUGCAGACCCAAAUGAAUUACAACAAACAGAAUCCACAACAAAUAUUAAUAAUGAUACUAGUAAAGUAACAAGUAAUGAUGAUUUUGGUAAUGAUGAUAAUGAAAAAACAACGAAUGAUCUCAUCAAUGAUUUACAAUCAGAAUCAAUAACACCUGACAAUAAUAAUUUUCUUUCUGGAAGAACAAUUACAUCUGGCCGUUUAAUUACUGAUCAAGAUAAUAGUUCGACACCGAAUAUAAUUGAUCCAUCAGUAAAUCAUAUUAAUCAAGGCCCAAAACGAUCAAUGAGUGAAUCAGUUCUUCUUGAUCAUCAUGAUCCAGUUGAACAAUCAUCACCAUUACCUAUUCAACAAGACGAAAGUUCAACUGAUGGUGAUGAUCUUGGUGGUCUUCAAGCAAGAACAAACAAUACUAGUAAUGAUGAUUUUAUUAAUCAACAUCGACAAGAUUUAUCAACACAAGAAGAAGAAAAUAAUACAAAUCGUACAGCUGAUAAAGAUUCUUUGCAUUCAAAAACAGAAACUAUCAAUGAUAGUGAACGACCAUCAAGUGCAACGAAACAUAAUAUUCUUGAUGAAACAACACAUUUUAAUAUGGCAUCACCUAAACCAUCAACAUCAAGAAUACAAUCUGCAUCUAGUAAACGAUCACAAACAAUUGUUGGCGAUGAAAAACGAGUUCAAUUAUCUGAUGAAACUGGUUCCAAUACAGAUAAUAAUAAUCAAGAAGUAGCACCAAUUAUUCGACCAUCGUCACGAACAAAAUCCCGUUCAUCAACGUCUGACGAUUUACAUAAAACUUUAGCAGAUGUUGAAUCAUCACAACGACCACAAUCACCAUUUGUUGGUGAACAAGCUCAAUCAUCAUCACGUAUAACAAGUCCACAAACAACAAAAAAUGAUACAAAUAUAUUAACUAUUAAUCAAUCAUCUCCAGUGAAUGCUCAUGAUGAAGAACAAAAACAAACUUUGGAACCAUCAUCAACAGCUACAAUUUCAUCAUCAUCAUCAAGACGAGAAAGUACAAAUAAAUUGGAUCAACAACAAACAUCUCGAACAUCAAGUGCUGUUAAAUCAAAAGUUAAUGAUAAUUCUUCGGAAUCAUCAACAACAAAAUUAAAUAAUGAUUUUAUAACAACAAAUGAUCAAUCAAAAUUAAUAAAACCUGGCGAACAACUUCAAAUACCAACAAAUGAUAUUGAUAAUGAACAAAACAAUAGUCCACCACCAUCUCCAUCUGCUAUUAAACAAAUGAUAUCAACAAAUCCUGUCUUAGAAAGUAGUCUUGUUACAACAGAUCAAGAUCGUUCUCGACCACCAAGUGAAACAAAUCGUAAAAGUCAAACGUCAACUUCAAUUAGCAAUGAAAAAGUUAUUGAUGGGGAUGUUGUUUCAUCAAGAAGUCGACGAAGUAGUAAUAUAAGUCAACAACAAACAACUAUUACUGAUCAAAAACCAAAUUUAUCUUCAAGUCGUAAAGGAAGUAGUGCAUCUGAACAGCAAGUAUCAAGUAAACGAGGAAAUAUUGCUAGUGAACAAAAACCUAUUAGUCGCCGAAAUUCAUUGGAUCAACAAGGAAAAAAAUCAUCGAGCAAGUCAUCUAGUCGAAAAACAAGUUUAAUCGAAGAACAACAAGUUCCUAGUCGUCGACCAAGCCAACAAAAAUCAGCUACAGAUCGAGAUAAACAAUUAUCUAGUUCUCGUCGUACUAGUUCUACAAAACAAGAACAAACAAUUACCAAUAAUGAUACAAAAGAUAGUCGUCGUUCAUCAACAGAUACUGAUAUUCCUCUUCGAACAUCAGCUAAACAAAAACAAGAACGUAUUUUAUCAAAUGAUAAACGACAAUCAUCAUUACGAAAACGUUCUGGACAACAAUCAACAACAACAGAUCAAUCUGUAGUUACUCCAAUAAUAAUGGAUUCAAAACAAUCUCAACAACAAAAUGAAAAACAUUCAUCAGUUACAGAUUCUGAUUGUGAACAAUUAAAUACUUCAAAAUUACCACGAGUUAAUUCAACGUCACAACUAGAUAAAUCUCAUCAUUCUGAAAUUAAACAAACAUCAUCAUCAGAAACAACAACACCUAGAGAAAAUAAUCAAAUAUCACAAUGGACUAAACAAGUUCUUGUUCCACCAAUUCAAUUAACUGACGAUGAAACUCCAUUAUCACGGCCACAAUCACCUAAUGUUGAACAAAUUGCUGAACAUAAUCAAAGUUUAGCAAAAAAUAAAAAACGAAAUUCUAAUGAACAAAAAAACAAAGAACAACAUCGAUCAUUACAUCGAAGUAAUAGUGCGGAAUCAUUUAAUUAUAUUCCACUUGUUGACGAUAAAUCAAUUGAUUCAACAUCAGAUAUUAAUACAGAAUAUGGACAACAAAAACGAAGACGUGUUAAAUCGAAAAAGAAAGAUGUCGAAACUAAUACAGACCAAAGAAUAGAUUCAAAAAAACAACAAGAAUUAACUUCUCAAAAGCCUUUAAAAGCAACCAAAUCAAUGUCGGAUCAUCAAAGUAUGAAUCGUCGUUCUACAACCAAAGAACGAACUUCAACAUCAACACCUGAUACAGAACUUGAUUCCAACAGAUAUAUUACUCCACGUUCAGUUAAAAAAUCUACCAAUGAUAAUGAACCAGUUAAUGUUAAUGUAACUGUUCUUGUUAAAAAUUUAACUGAUCAAAAUAAGAAUGAAACGUCUGAAAUAACAACUAAGGAAACAUCACAAAAAGAAAAAAACAUAAUUAAAUCAUCAACCGAUAAUGAUCGUCACACACAAUCGGAUACUGAACAAAUUGUAACUGAAAAACAAAAAACACGUCGUCGACCUAAACGUAUAUCACGUACAACACAAACAUAUGAAUGUGUUUUUCGACGUAUGGAACGUGAACAACAUGAAGAAUUACGUCCAACAAAUGAUACAGAUAAAAAUAUUCAAACAAGAAAAUCACAAUUGUGCCCAACACCAAAAUCACCAAGAAAACAUCCAACUUAUAUAUCAACUGAUGCAUUCAAAAUUGAAGAAAUUUUACCAAAACAAUUUCCUCAAGGUCAACGUAAUGCAUCAAAAACAUCAAUGGUUGCUCGAAGUAUUUCACCACAAAAUGGAAAAUUAUUAAUUCUUCGUCCAACACUUCCAUUUCAUCAUACUGAUGCUGUUAAUGUACAACGUGUAUGUCUUCAAUAUGCUAUUGAUUUGAUUCCAAAUGAAAAUAAAUUAAGUGAUUCACCAUAUGCUCAACGAAGUAAAUCAAAUGUUCUUAAACAUUCUGAACAAACAACUAAUUUACCUAUGAUACGUUCAUCAUCACCAGCAACAAAUAUUCCAACAAAUAAAUCAAAUGUUAAAGAUAAACCAGCUUCGAAUAGAAUUGAAGAUCGUAUUCAUCAACGUAAAAAUGGCGGCGCUGUUUGA